AUGAGCUCAUUUAACUCUAACAAUAACGACAAGGAAAAUCUCCCUUUACUUCAGGCGAGGAAACCAAACAAUUAUGGAAGACAAGUCUUAGUCUCCGUCGACUCCAACUUUUACAACACUACACUUCCAGACCUUCUCCUUCAUCACUUCAAAAAUUCCCCUGACCUUUCUACCAAAGAAUCUUUACUCAACCACUCCAUCACUAUCAAUCAUCGCUCCAGACUUCUCAACUGGAUGAUUGAAGUCACCUCAUCCUUUGGCUGUAGUGACAAUGUAUUUUUUUUAACUGUAAGGCUCAUGGAUACUUAUCUCAAGCUCACUGAAGGCCUGGAAAAUAAUGACCUUCAUCUAAUAGGGGUCAAAAAGACAUAAAAUUUAAAUUUAAUAAUUUUUUAAAAUUAUUAUAAAAUAAAAUAAAAAUAGGGGUAACUUGUAUGUUUAUAGCAUCAAAAUUUGAUGAAGUGACUCCAUUGAAACUUAAGGUAAUUCAUGAAAAUAUUCUGUUUAGUCAUCAUAGUGAAGAAGAAGUCAGAGCUUUAGAAGGGAGGAUUUUAGAAGUGCUUUCUUUUAAGGUCAAUAUUCAGACUUGUCUUGACACUUUGGGAUGCCUGAAAAGCAGAUAUGAUGAAAAUUGCAGUAUUAGUAAUAUUGCAAGAAUAGUGCUUUACCUGGUGCAGUUUUAUUAUAAUGCCCAGGACUAUGACCCCAGGCAGCAAGCAGUCACAGCGUUUAUUAUGGCAGCUUUUUCAGAAAGAAGGAUUGAUGUGGUAAGAACGAUUUUGAGUGACCAUGAUUUAAUUUUCCCAGAAAUUGAAGAAAUCAUGAGCAAGUUUUACUGUGGAGUAGAAGAGUUUGAGAAAAAUUUUCCUGAUUAUAAAAGUCCAAUGUUGUUUCUGAAUUUCAAUAUUUUACAUCAAGAUGGGCUGCCUCUUUUUGAGUUUAAUAAUACUCAAUAA